UGCGUUUUGUCCAAUCUGAUUGGUCAGUUGAAUGGGCUAUCCAGGGGAAGCGUCUUAACUAGUUUGACAUCCGGCGUGAAACACUACAAUAAUUGAAAAAAUAAAAUAGGACGUGAAAAUGGACCUGUUGCCGCUCUUGCUGUUCGUCGCCCUCUGCGUUCUUCAGUCCUCCAGCAAACCCAUGGAAAAGAAGGACCGUGUCCAUCAUGACGCCCCCCUCAGCAACAAGGAGCACGAUGAUGAGGAGAACUUCGAGUACGACCACGAGGCUUUUCUCGGACAAGAGGAGGCAAAGACUUUUGAACAGCUCACUCCAGAGGAGAGCAAAGAGAGACUGGGUAAAAUCGUAGAAAAGAUUGAUGAGGAUCACGACGGCUUUGUGACCGUUGAUGAGAUGAAGCGGAGGAUCAAACAUGCGCAGAAGCGAUGGUUCUAUGAAGAUGUGGACCGGCAGUGGCAGGCUCAUGAUCUCGACUCAGAUGCCUAUGUCUCCUGGGAGGAAUACAAGAACGCUACUUAUGGUUACAUCCUUGAUGAAGCAGAUCCCGAGGAUGGUUUUAACUACAGACAAAUGAUGGCCAGAGAUGAGCGCCGUUUCAAGAUGGCUGACCAUGAUGGUGACAUGAGGGCAAAUAAAGAAGAGUUUACAGCGUUCCUUCACCCAGAGGAGUUUGACUUCAUGAAGGAUAUUGUAGUGCUGGAGACCAUGGAGGACAUUGAUAAAAAUGGAGAUGGUUUCAUCGACUUUGAUGAAUAUAUUAGUGAUAUGUACAGCCAGAAUGGAGACCCAGCUGAACCAGAAUGGGUGAAAACCGAAAGACAACAGUUUACAGAGUUCAGGGAUAAAAACAAAGAUGGCCGUAUGGAUAAAGAUGAGACCCGUGACUGGAUCUUACCCUCCGAUUAUGACCAUGCAGAGGCUGAGGCCAAACACCUUCUCUAUGAGGCUGACGCAGAUCAGGAUGGACAUCUCACAAAGCAGGAAAUUGUGGAUAAGUAUGACCUAUUUGUCGGGAGCCAAGUUACAGAUUUUGGAGAAGCUCUGGUCCGACACGAUGAAUUUUAAUUUAGAAAAAUUUACACUUGUGAAAUGCAAAAAGAACAAUAAUUUAUUUUAUGAUUUCAUUACUGUGUUUACAAAACUUUUCUUCUUUUUUUACGCCGACUCGAUCAAAUCCAAUUUUUUGCCUUUUUUCGUGAACAUGUCCUUCGUAGCUUAACACUCAUCGGCGUUGGAUUCUGAUGCGAUUUAAAAUGCUCUGAUGAAGUAAUAUUCAGGUCAGCUUGUGAAGCUUGUCAAAGUGAUGUGUUGAGGUUUGCCUAAUGGUUUAUAAUGCACUAAAAUUACCCAUAUAAUGCAGCUUAAUGGCAUUUGUGUAACCCAACACAGCAUAGAGCACUUGUUUCAAGUGGAUACAUUGCACAUAAUAUGAAUCUUUUUUUAAAUAAAAACAACCAAUACCAUUAUGUAAACCACUUCUCUAAAUAAGACCAAAUGUCUUACAACCACUGCAUGUACAUAUUCUUCAUCUUCAUUUAGCUAGAGAAUGUAUAAUAUUAAAAAUCAAGCAUAGUAAUAGAUCAUAGUUAGACUGUUGUGUUUGGAUCAAAACAGACCUAAACUAGAGUUCAGGAUUCCUUUAUUUCUCGAGCAUGCAGGAACAUGGGAUGUCGUGGCUCGAUGUGCUGAUCUAUGAUCAGUUUUAUUGUUCUUUCAUACUCAAAGGACAGUGAGUGCAAGGACAGAAACUAUCAACUAAUCGGGUGCUCUUUUAUGAAUAAAACUCCUGCUCCAAGGACCAUUGAACACCAUUCCACCCUCUAUGACCUGUCAGUAAGACCUUUAUUAAUGGACUGUACCAACAAACGCUGUUUUUUCCUCAAGUGCCUUUUUUUGUCUCCCUUAGCCUUAAAACUGCUUCGUUAUUGUUUUCUUACCUUUUUCCCUCGUGCAAUUUAUACAUGACUGAAAAUGACCUCCUCACUUAAUGUUAGUAUAUAGUUUGUGUAUAUAUAUAUAUAUAUAUAUAUAUGUCUGUAAUUGAAUGUGAACAAUAUGCUGUAAUCAGGUAUUGUAAAUACUGUCUUAAAGCUUAGAGUGUUUUCUCAAUAAAAUUGACUAAAACGAA